AUGGCAAACCAAACCAGAGCGCACGAGUUCAUCCUCUUGGGCUUCCCCAGUAGUCAAUAUUUGCAGACCUUCCUCUUUGUGCUGUUUUCCAUGAUGUACAUCCUGACAGUCAUGGGAAACAUGGCCAUCAUAAUCCUAGUGAGAACAUGCUGCCACCUGCAAACUCCCAUGUAUUUCUUCCUCUGCAACCUCUCUUUCCUGGAGAUAUGGUACACCACAGCCUGCAUUCCCAAGACACUUGCAGUCAUCCUGGGGACAAGCAGAACAAUUUCCUUUACUGGCUGCAUCACACAGAUGUACUUCAUUCUAUCCUUUGGCUGCACGGAAUGUUUCCUCUUAUCCGUCAUGGCCUAUGACCGCUAUCUGGCCAUUUGCUACCCAUUGCGCUAUAGUUUCAUCAUGGACAGGACCUUGUCUGCUUGGCUGGCCCUCUGCUCUUGGGUAUGUGGUUUCCUAGCUAUUUGUGUGCCGGCGUAUCUCAUAACCAGGUUGUCCUUUUGUGGCCCUAAUGUCAUCAAUCAUUUCUAUUGUGACCUAGAUUCUCGGAUAGUUCUCUCCUGCACAGACACACAUCUCCUUCAGCUGGUGGCUUUCCUCACCGCCUUCAUUGUCCUCCUGGGCACCUGUAUAGUAACUCUGAUCUCCGACAUUUAUAUCAUUUCCACAAUACUGAGAAUUCCAUCAGCACAAGGACGGCAAAAGGCCUUUUCCACUUGCUCUGCUCAUUUGGCUGUUGUGAUUAUCCGGUAUGGCUCCACCAUUUUCCUGUACGUCAAGCCUUCUGUACAGAACACCCUGGAUCUAAACAAAAUAGUCAACACCUUAAACACAAUUGUAACACCACUGUUAAACCCUUUCAUUUACACUGUAAGAAACGAAGAGGUGAAGAAAGCCUUGGAAAAGGCACUCGCUGAGACUCCCCGCGCGCCUCAGAGCCGGGUUUCUGCUGUGGGAGAAAUCAACCGGCUGCCGUCCUCUUGCCCCCUCAUCCCCAACCCCAGAGUCGAGAUGGAGCUGGUCAGCGGGCCGCUGCUCGUCAAGAAGCCGGUUCCCCUGCGCAGCAGCUCGGUGUCGGUGUUGAUCCGAGGCUUCGUGGCUGACGUGGGCUGCGAGCUGCUCUACAGGAACGAGGAGCCGGGGCCCGUGGAGGCCGUGUUCAAGUUCCCCGUGGAUGCCGAGGCAGCUGUCUACGCCUUCCAGGCCCGUCUGGGGGGGGCCUGCAUCCAGGCCCAGCUCCACGAGAAGACACAGGCGCAGGAGCUGUAUGGGGACGCGCUGGCCGGGGGGCAGAGCUCGUUCCUGCUGCAGCAGGAGGGGGCCGGGGGCGAUGUGUUCAGCUGCUCCCUGGGGAAUCUGCCCCCCGGGGAGGAGGCGGUGCUGACCCUGCGCUAUGUCUGCGAGCUGCCGCUGGAGCCUGACGGGGCCGCCCGCUACGUGCUGCCGACCGUGCUGCGCCCCCGCUACACGCCCCGCG